CGCCUGGAAUUCUGUCAGCUCCGGGACGCCCUGGCCGUGGAGUGGAGAGGGGAGAAGGCGACGGCGGCGCUGAAACGAACGGCCCCCGACUACUUCCUGCUCCAGGUGCUGCUGCGGUUCCGAUCCGAGACGGGCCGGGACCCCUCACCCCGGAGCGGUUCCGAGGACUCGGAUCGGCUCCUCCGGAUCCGCCGGGAGCUGCUGGAGGCGUUGGGGGCGGGGCCGCAGCUGCUUCCAGAACAAUUCCACAGCUUCUGUUUCUCGGAGAUGGCCCCGGUGUGCGCCGUGGUCGGGGGGGUGCUGGGCCAGGAGGUGGUCAAGGCUCUGUCCCAGCGGGACCCCCCCCACAACAAUUUCUUCUUCUUCGACGGCGUCAGGGGCCAGGGGAUGGUGGAGUGCCUGGGACCCCCCCUCUGAGGGACCCCCCAAUUUGGGGAGGGGGUUUGGGGGGUCCUGAGCCCCC